AUGUGCAUGUUGCAGUUGUUAGUUAGAACACGACAGUUCAACAAAAUCGCAUUUCCAUGUUUCGAUGAGCCGCACCUGAAGGCGACCUUCAAGUUCAAAAUCAUCCGACCAAAUGACUACAUUUCCUUGUUUAACACGGAGAAGUUCAUCUCACGAUUUUCUCCAAACAAGAAUAUUGACAAUAUUAUAUCCUUUCAUUGCAAAUUUCUGGCAAAGCGGCCAAAUAAUUUUUUCUUUGACAUCCUGAUCCGUUACAGUUCAAUUAGAUUUAUAAGAGCAGACAUGAUGAAACUUGCUGCCAAAUUGGCCAUCCCAAGGUACGUCAUUUGGGCGAAAAAUUCUUUCAAGAAAGUGUUGUUUGAGUUUAAGUUUCUACUAAGCAGACUGACUCCAACUAUGAAUCGAUUGUGUAGUUAUGCUGUGAGAUAUGGCGGGGACGAGGAGUGGAACUACGUGCUGAAUGCAGCCAACGCGUUCUCGUCUAAGAGGGGCACCAUGCUGAAGGCUCUCACUUUCACUAACAACGCAUCAAAAUUUAAAAUAAUAUACAUAUAUAGGAAAUCAGCCAUUUGUAACAGUGAUCAGCCGAUAAAAUCAUGCACACAAGGGGGCCGUAAUAACUCAGAACUGUAA